AUGUACUACACCUUUCGAAGUGAAAACUGGAGUGAGACAAUGAGCCGUGGCGGGACCCUUUCUGUUCAACUUGCCGUAGAUGACAUAAUGCAAAGAACAUUUAAGCAGUGUCCCGCUGAUGUUAUUUUGGCACCUUCUGCACGCCCCUUCUUGGUGAAUCUCGAGUACGCCGACGAUGUAGUAAUAUUCGCUUUAAACAGCGCGAAGUUACAACAUGUUGUUAACUAUGUGUCGAGUUUAUCUGCAGCCUACGCACUGCGACUCUGCCCUUAUAAAUGCAAGAAGAUGUGGAUCUCUUCGAGACCCUCAACUGGAAUCAGAGUGGAUGGACAACCUAUCGAUGAGUUCUGUUAUUUGAGCUGUGCGCUCAAGAAAAAGGCUACGAGAGCGAUAUUCAGCAGAGAUGGGCUAAGGCCAUUUCCGCAUCCAACUCCUUAA